GCCAUGCUUAUAGUAUCAGAGUUGCAAUCCAUAGGCAUCCUCGGGCAUAUUAUGCACUUUGCUGGGAGCGGGAAUAUCGGAACAAUCUUAGGUCAGCUAACGCAGUCCACAGACCCUGGGCAUGUCUCACUGGACGUCAAGACUACUGGCACAUUCGUUUUUGAGUGGUAUCCAUCGGGUGCUGAAGGUGUUUCCGAUGACGACGUCUUCAACAGGGAGCGCAAGGAGCUUGUUGUUCAGAUUUUAGCCUCCUCAUUCCAUAAGCUGGAGCCCAUCACCCAAUGUCUGCACUUCACCGAGAAGAUGCUCAGAUCGCACGUAGAGGCUUUACUGAGGCCCGACUGUCCGGAACGUGCCGUCGCUAUGUGUGAGAACCUUGGUUAUGAACUCGUGAAUCAGGCGGAUUUCGUUGCAUUUGCGCAAGGCCGCGGUCUCAGCUGCGAUCCAAGUGUUGGUGAGGUCAAUUGCCAAUACAUGGUUAAGCGUUUGUCGCUGACGAAUGAAUUGAAUGCAACCAACAACGAGUGA